AUGCUCGAUCCAAGUCUCAAAUCAACACUGCUUUCCAAGAAAUGGUUCGGCUUUGACCUAGACGACACACUCCACAAAUUCCGCAAAGCCUCGUCACAAGCUUCAGAAAGCGUAUUUGAAGCCCUUCAUACCGAUCAUGGCAUCAAUAUCGAUACUUUGAGAUCUACAUAUGCAAACGUAUUACGCACAUCCACCGCAAACGCGUUCACAGAUGGUCGAAGCUCCACGGAGUAUCGUCGGGAGCGAUUUACUCGGAUUCUGCAAGCGCACGCUGCUAUCAAUGUUGAAAAGACUAACAUUGAUUCAUUGCUCGGUAUUUACAAGUCUUCCUUGCAGUCAAGUUUGACCUUGAAACCUGGUGUUGUAGAGUUGUUUCGAAGUUUGCGACAGCUUGGAAAGAAUAUCAUCGUGGUUACUGAGGGUCCAGCUGAUGCUCAAGAAUGGACGGUCCGAGAACUGGGCAUAGACUCUUAUGUCGGUAUUCUGGUCACUACGAAUGAAAUUGGGAAGUCAAAAGUAGAUGGCUUGUUUGGUGUUGUGUUAGAGAGAUAUGGAAUUGAUGCUGAGGAAAUUGUUUACUUUGGGGACAAUGAGGUGCGGGAUGUAAGGGCUGCCUUACAGAGUGGCAUAUUGGCGAUUCUUUAUGAUGAAAAGAGACUCGAACACUCGGUGGAAGAUUCAACCCUUGAUGUUGUUAGAGUUAGCUCUUGGAGAGAUUUGCAAGAUAUACUACUAUUGAAUGAUGGUUGA